GGGUGGAGGCCCAGGCCACAUCCGGCGGUCGCUGUCUGUCCGGGGAGGCUGAGGUGGAAGCCACCUGCCCCUGGGAGCGGAGUCGAGUGCCAGCCGCCUAGUGCUGGGCAGCCGAGGGCCGGAGCGAGCCAGCAAGGGAGGAGGGAAGCCGGUCUUCGCCUCUCCCUUGAGGCCGCCUGUCCAUCGUGUGGCCCCGGCUCAACCCGGCCCGGCCCGGCCUGGCCCAGUCCAGGCUGGUCCCGAGGCCCAACUCUCGCCUCCUCCAUGGAGCCAGAGGAGGAGGAGGCCGAGACUCGCCGAGGAGCCGCCGCCGCCGCCCGGUCCUGAGCCCCGGAGUCCUAUUUCUUCCUGUCAUGGAGACCAUGGAGAAGUUGGAAGUCAAAUUAGACACCGGUUCUUGGAUUUUAUCAGGAAGCUGUUGGCAAAGACCUGCAAAGUGGUUGAAAAUACUGCAUCUAUUUUAUGCAUGUCUUUGUCUCAGUGCUUUGUGUUCAUCAACAGAUGCCAGUGGGAGUAGGUGCCAUCUGGGGAACACUCAACUUGGGGUCAGCCUGAGGUCUUGGGGAGAAAAUCACCUCCAGCUUCUAGAGGGAUCUCAUUCUCUACAAUCAUGUUGGGCUGCCUGCUGCCAGGAUCACAACUGCCAUGUCUUUUGGUGGUUGGAAAAUCUAUGCAUGAAGGUGAACUGCAGUGAUCCCCAAAGCUGCCAGGUCUCCAGGACAGACACUUCUUACUCAAUGUUGGUGUUUUUACAUAAAGUGCAGACUGUGGAAGAUUUGGAUUUUCCACAUGAAAGAGAUACAGUGAACCUUCUAGAGCUAGGGUGGAGCAGGGCACUACAGAGGACCCGGAGGUCAUCUGAUUAUGAGCCGCUCUUAGAAAAGUCAUCAUCCCCUGGUGGUCCACUGAGUUCCAAAAAGAAACCUCAGCAAAGACACCUUCCUCGUGAUUUUGGCAAUGGGCCUUCCACAGAAACAGUAACAGAAUUCGCUAGUGACAGGGGGUCAAGUCAAGCCAACCCGAAGGAUCAGAAAAUUCCAGAGGCCCUUGAGGCUGGAUCAUACACACUCCUAGUCCAAGAAAACACCUCCUCAGCAGACAAUAUGAAUUUGAAAAAGUCAGGGCUGCAUUCGGAAAUAAAUAACUCCAGAGAUCUGGGCAGUUCAAGCACCAAUAACUCUGCAGAGGUCCACAAGGAAUUUCCCAGGCUGCUGGAAUCCCCUGAUCUGGUUACCUCUUCUAAUCCCUUAACCCUGGGCCUGUCAGCUACAGGGAAAACAGAGAAUCUCAGUCUGCUGACCAAUACAUCUGUCCAGCCUGACAUCUUAGAGGGGUCGAUUCCUACUCCCAGUUCUUUGCCGGAAAGAAACUUUGGGAAUAAUCACAUCACUACCUCUUUGCCACCGAUUCCAUCCCAUCCUGAUAACAUCCCUACUCACCAGACUACCCCUACUUCUUUCCCAAGCACUGUGGCACCAACCCCAGGUAUAAAGGAGUUGGUAGUAUCUGCAGGAGACAGUGUAGAGAUGACCCUGCCCAAGAAUGAAGUUCAGUUAAAUGCCUUUGUCAUCCCAGCACCAGAGGAAGGCAAAGUCUACUCCUACGAGUGGAAGCUGAUUACUCACCCUGCCAACUACAGCGGGGAGAUGGAAGGACAGCACUCCCAGGUCCUCAAGCUCUCCAAGCUCACCCCGGGUCUGUAUGAAUUCAAAGUGGUUGUACAUGGCCAGAAUUCUUACGGGGAGGGAUAUGUGAAUGUGACGAUAAAUCCAGAGCCCCAUGUGAAUCAGCCCCCUGUUGCUGUUGUGUCACCACAAUUCCAGGAGAUCUCUCUGCCAACCACUUCCACAGUCAUUGAUGGCAGUCAAAGCACAGAUGAUGAUAAAAUUGUUCGAUACCACUGGGAAGAACUGAAGGGGCCCCUGAGAGAAGAAAAGGUAUCUGAAGACACUGCCAUACUAAAACUGACCAACCUGGUCCCAGGAAACUAUACCUUCAGUCUGACAGUGGUGGAUUCAUUUGGAGCCAGCAGUUCAACCACCGCCAGCCUGAUGGUGAACAAGGCAGUGGAUUACCCUCCUGUGGCCAAUGCAGGCCCCAACCAAGUGAUUACCCUUCCUCAGAACUCCAUCACCCUGUAUGGGAAUCAGAGCACCGAUGACCAUGGCAUUGCCAGCUAUGAGUGGUCUCUCAGCCCAAGCAGCAAAGGGAAAGUUGUGGACAUGCAGGGUGUGAGAACCCCAGCCCUGCAACUUUCUGCAAUGCAAGAAGGAGACUACACCUAUCAGCUCACUGUAACUGAUACAGCAGGACACCAAGCCACCACAGAGGUCAUUGUUAUUGUCCAGCCAGAGAACAACAAGCCACCCCAGGCAGAUGCUGGCCCAGAUAAAGAACUGACCCUUCCUGUUGACAGCACAACUCUGGAUGGUAGCAAAAGCCUGGACGACCAGAAAAUCAUCUCAUACCUCUGGGAGAAAACACAGGGCCCUGAUGGUGUGCGACUCGAAAAUGCCAACAGUUCCAUAGCAACUGUGACUGGCCUCCAGGUGGGAACCUAUAUAUUCACCCUUACUGUCAAAGAUGAAAGGAACCUGCAGAGCCAGAGCUCCGUCAGUGUCAUUGUCAAAGAAGAAAUGAACAAGCCACCUGUGGCCAGAAUAGUUGGGAAUGUUGUGAUAACUCUGCCCACUGAUACAGCCGAGCUGGACGGAUCCAGGUCCUCUGAUGACAAGGGCAUAGUCAGUUACCUCUGGACUAGGGAUGAAGGAAGUCCAGCAGCAGGGGAAGUAUUAAAUCAUUCUGACCAUCACCCCAUUCUAUUCCUCUCUAACCUGGUGGAAGGAACUUACACAUUUCACUUGCGAGUGACUGAUGCAAAGGGUGAGAGUGACACAGACCGGACUACUGUGGAUGUGAAACCUGACCCCAGAAAGAAUAACCUGGUGGAGAUGAUCCUGGACGUCAACGUCAGCCAACUAACAGAGAGGCAGAAGGGGAUGUUCAUUCGGCAGAUCGGUGUCCUCCUGGGGGUGCUGGAUUCUGACAUCACUGUGCAAAAGAUCCAGCCUUAUACAGAGCAGAGCACGAAGAUGGUGUUUUUUGUACAGAAUGAGCCUCCACACCAGAUCUUUAAAGGCCAUGAUGUUGCAGCAAUGCUCAAGAGUGAGCUGAGGAAGCAGCAAACAGAUUUCCUGAUCUUUCGAGCCCUGGAAAUCAAUACCGUCACAUGUCAGUUGAACUGUUCUGAUCAUGGCCGCUGCGAUUCUUUCACCAAGCGCUGUAUCUGUGACCCUUUUUGGAUGGAGAACUUCAUUAAAGUGCAGCUGAAAGAUGGAGAGAGCAACUGUGAAUGGAGCGUCCUCUAUGUCAUCAUUGCCUCGUUCGUCAUUAUUGUUGCAUUGGGGAUCCUGUCCUGGACCAUGGUCUGCUGCUGUAAGAGGAGAAAAGGGAAACCCAAGAGGAAAAGCAAGUACAAGAUCUUGGAUGCCACAGAUCAGGAAAGUCUGGAGCUAAAACCAAACCCCAGAGCAGGGAACAAGCAGAAGGUACCCAUCCUGAACAGCAGCCUGAUGCACUCAGAAUCCGAACUGGAUAGUGAUGAAGCUAUCUUCACCUGGCCAGAUCGAGAGAAGGGCCGAUUACUUCGUGGCCAGAAUGGCUCUCUGCGCAAUGGACAGGCUCCACUCAAGCCCAAGACCCCCAGAGAGGAGAUCUUGUAGCCACCUUGUGCUCCUGAGAGGAACGGGAAACAAGGGAGCAGAGGGGGAGGGAGGCAGGAAAUGUCUCUGUUUUAGGGAGGAAGGGACAGCGAAAGCUUGAGAGGUCCAGGCUGCUAAGUCAUUUCCAAGAGAGAGAGAGAGAGAGAAAGAGAGAGAGAGAGAGAGAGAAUGAGAAUGAAUGUGUGUGUGCGCGCGUGCAUGCGUGUGCAUGCACACACGUGCGCAUUCCAUUCUUUCUCCUGUAUUCUCUCUUCUCCUUCCCUCCCCCAAUUCUGAACAGAACUGGUUGUACUUGAAUCCAGACAUCUCUAAGGAACUCCAGAGGAAACUGUGAACGAAGAGACUUCUUCUUCCCCAGGACUUAGCACCCAACCGAAAGGACCUCGCUGAGCUGCUCAGCUCAGGACCCCUUCUUCUGGGGUGAGGCCAGGGCAGGGUUGGGGAGGACAUAGUGUAAGCAGUUCUAGAAGUAUCGUUCCAGGGGAGCUUCCAGCCUCCCCUGUCUUCCUUCAUUCCCUCCUCUUCUCCUUGCUCCCGUCUCCCCCAUCCUUGGAUGUGGCUGCUUGUCCUGAGUCCUUCCUAGAGCCUAGACUGGCAGGCCACAAGGAAAAGUAGCACAGCAGAACCUCUUCCUCUUCCCCCUGCCCCAGUCCCUCCAGACGAAACUCCAGGAUCCUGAUGCCCCUGGGACAGCUUGGAACAUGAAUCUUUUGUUGUGUUUAAAUUAUUUUGUCCUUUCACUGAAAUAAAGAGAACUGAGCCUCCCCCUUGAGCACUGAUGGAGCAAGGCUAUGGGUGAGAGGCAUCUCUAGUUGUUUACGAGCUAGGCGUUCCCCUUGGGAGCCCAGGCUUACUCAGCCUCUUCCACUCCCCUGCCACCACCACUGCCCUCUGCUCAAUCUGGCAGAUGUGGAACACUCACUGUCCACCAGCAUCUGUUGGGGCCCCUAGUGACAGGAGCACAGAUGGCCCCUGGAUCCCCUCAUCAUCCGAGCCCUGGUUUCCCCCACUUCAGUCAGUUUUUUUCUCCACUUAGGCAGUGGAAGGAGAGAAGAAGGCUGCCUGAAGGACAGGGCUGGGCCCAUUCGUUUCAGGGAUGCCUGCAUCCCUGAUGCUUUUUUAGUUCCCAUGCCUGACCUACUUUCAGAGCAAACAUCUGGCAGGUGCCCACGUUGUGGUGGAUUCACCUGAACUUGAAUAAUUUGUGCCCCGUAUUCUCCCAUUCUGGCUCAUGGCCAAUUUCCUCAAGCCCCUGAAGCCAGGACUCCCUCCCUGUCCUGCAAGGCUGGCAUCAGAAUGAAGGUGGUCACUGGAAUUGGCAGAAAUGUAGCAGCAGUGUGUGUCUGUGUGUGCACACAAGAGUGUGCCUGUGUGUGUGCACACAUGACAUAGAUGAGAAUGAGGAUUUUACUCAUUUCUAUUUUCUCACUGUGUAUCAUUGUUCAUUCUCCAUCAGAAUGUCACUCCUCGUCUGUUGGAUCUGUUUGCACACUUCAGGGCCCAAUUCUUUGCCUGGAAAAUUCUCCUUGGGCAAGGAGGCCUGCUGUGCAUCUCUGCCUUGCUGAUAACAGCUUUGCCCUCUGUUUCUGGGUGCCGGAGGUUUGGGGGAAAACUUUUUUUAAAAGAUAAAAAAAUUUAUACUACUGCACUACAGACUUGAUGUGAAAUGAUUAAACAUGCUAUUUAAUUUUUCUUGUAGCCCACUGAAUGUAGUCAUGCCUUCUUGCUAACUUUAUUGAAUUUUCAGCAAAACCA